AUGGAGGGUAGAGGCAGCCCAUUAAGUCCCAACGCUUCGUCGUCCUCGGAUGGCCAAUAUGGAGAGGAAUGGGCACGCGAUCUCCGCCUCAAGUUUGAGGGCCUUUUGAGGGAUAAGCGCAUGAAUGACUUGCGCUCUUGCACUCGAAGUCAUUCACCGCGGCGUCAAUCCCCCGGUUUAUCAGGGCGUGCCUCUAACGCUAACCUGAAUUCCCAUGCCUCGCUCGCCGACAAUACGCCUGCAACUACUCGCGGCAUUGAAACUCCAUCAACGCCUCCGGCGUACUCGUGUAUCCGCCACCUCCCCAAAAUCCCAACAGCACCAGCCGCAGGAGAUCGAGACUCGCAAAAGUUCCGAAACCUUAUGAUCAGCUUAUCGCUGACUCCGACAAAGUACGAGAAUCCAGGCUUGCUGGAUGAGGCUCUGCAAACUAUUCCUCUCGAUCGAAUCUACAGCGAGGCCGAAGAGGAGUGCCAAGUUCUGCAAGCUGAAGCAGAGAGUAUGGGUGACGGUCGUCGACCGGAAUGGGGAUAUCAGGAUUGUGUAAUUCGUGCACUCCUCCGAUGGUUCAAGCGGUCGUUCUUCACUUGGGUCAACAAUCCUCCUUGCCCAGUAUGCCUGUCCCCAACUAUUGCGCAGGGCAUGACAGCCCCCACCCCCGAGGAAAGCGCUUGCGGUGCGCUUCGUGUAGAACUGUACCGAUGCUCUGCUCAGAACUGCGGGGCCUACGAGCGAUUUCCUCGGUAUGGUGACGUGUGGCGACUUCUUCAGACCAGACGAGGGCGCGUUGGUGAAUGGGCGAACUGCUUUAGCAUGCUUUGCCGCGCCGUAGGUGGCAGAGUUAGGUGGGUAUGGAACGCUGAGGACCAUGUGUGGACCGAGGUCUACUCAGAACAUCAGCGAAGAUGGAUCCAUGUCGAUGCGUGUGAGGAGGCUUGGGAUAGCCCUCGUCUUUACACGGAAGGAUGGGGCAAGAAAAUGUCAUACUGCAUCGCCUUCUCUAUCGAUGGAGCGACCGACGUGACACGACGAUAUGUCCGAAACAACGAGUACGCCGCGGAGCGCAACCGUUGCCCCGAGGAGGUUAUGCUUUACAUCGCACAAGAGAUCAAGAACAUUCGCCGAGGCAACAUGAACAAGGACGAACGCUUUCGUCUCGAAAAGGAAGACCAACGCGAGGACAAGGAACUUCGCGGCUACGUGGUGGCUUCAAUUGCACAGGCCGUCACCGAUCUUGUUCCUGGCGCCCCGAGCUCAUCAUCAGCAAGCACCAGCCGCACUGUGCCCAGUCGUCGACAAGACGUCAAGCUCCCAGCCGAGCAACUCGUACAGCAGACCGGCAGCGCUGCUUGGUUAAUGGCUCAGCAGCAAGCACGGAAUCAACAAUUUCAACCCCCUCGUGACCCUCGACAGCAGUAA